AUGCAGUUCACCAACCUCCUUUUCAUCACUAUCGCUGUCUUGGGAGCCACAGCGGCCGCCCACCCCGGUCACGGAGGCCAGCGAGAAGCAGCAAUCCAUGAUUCCGUCAGCCACGAGAAGCGAGGAAGCGGCAGCAGCGGCAGCGACAAGAAGAACAAGAAGAAGCACGGAAAAUCCGCCGGGAGCUGCAGCGCCGAUGAAGAUAACUUGAAGAAUCACUCCAACGAGAACUGCAGCGCUGAUUCUUGCAACAACGAUGGUGAUUGCGAUCAGGGACUUGGAUGCACUUGCCAAAUGGGCUGGUGCCGCGACUGA